GUUAGGAAUCUGAAUCAGUCGUAACAAAACUGUUGAAUUGUGUGUGCGUGCGUGUGUGUAUAUAUGUGUGUUGAUUCCCUGCAGUUGGAUUAAUUUUUAUUCUAGCGGGUUGCGCGGUAGAGAGAUGCGGAUACGAGUGUCUCAGCUGUACCUGUACCGGUACCAGUGUCGGUCUGUGACGACUGCCCAGAGUGUGUGUGACACAGACCUGGCGCGGCCCUACAGCGAGGUUCCCGGGCCUAGACCUAUACCUCUCCUCGGCAACACUUGGAGGUUACUGCCUGUCAUUGGUCAGUACCAAGUGUCAGAUCUGGCCCAAGUCUCCCGUCUGUUGUACGAGCAGUAUGGUAACAUUGUCAAGCUCUCGGGCCUCAUCGGUCGUCCAGAUCUACUCUUCGUCUAUGAUGUUGAUGAGAUAGAAAAGGUCUACAGACUCGAGGGAGAUACACCUUACAGACCCUCCAUGCCCUGUUUGGUGCAGUACAAGAGCAAAGUCCGCAAAGAUUUCUUUGGCAGACUCCCAGGGGUUGUUGGAGUACAUGGGGAACCAUGGAGAGAGUUUAGAACCAAAGUUCAAAAGCCAUGUUUACAACUGCAUACAGUCAAAAAGUACAUAAAACCCAUCGAAGAUGUUACAGAAUACUUCAUACAGAGGAUGCAAGAAAUGAAAGAUGAGAACGGUGAUAUGCCAACCGACUUUGACAAUGAGAUACAUAAGUGGUCUCUUGAAUGUAUAGGACGAGUGGCACUAGAUGUUAGGUUAGGAUGCCUAGACCCAAAAUUGACUGGUGACUCAGAGCCCCAAAAAAUCAUAAAUGCUGCCAAGUACGCUUUGCGCAAUGUUGCCAUACUGGAGUUGAAGAUGCCCUUCUGGAGGUACAUCCCCACCCCACUCUGGAGCCGAUAUGUCAACAAUAUGGACUAUUUUAUAGAAAUUUGUAUGAAAUAUAUUGACAGCGCAGUUGAGAAACUCAAGACCAAAGAUAGCUCUUCAGAUCUGUCACUGCUGGAGAGAAUUCUAGUGAGUGAGCCAGACCCAAAGACUGCAUAUGUACUGGCUCUGGACCUCAUCUUGGUGGGAAUAGACACGAUAUCAAUGGCAGUGUGCUCACUAUUGUACCAGUUAGCUACUCGUCCCCAGGAACAGGAGAAACUAUAUGAGGAGCUAGUGAGAGUGCUACCAACAGCUGACACUCCUCUUGAUGCUAUCAACUUAGAUAAAAUGAUCUAUCUGAAAGCUUUCGUCAAGGAAGUUUUUAGGAUGUAUUCUACCGUGAUUGGAAAUGGAAGAACCCUUCAGACUGAUAUGACGAUAUGUGGAUACAGGAUACCUAAAGGAAUACAGUUAGUAUUCCCCACAAUAGUGACUGGAAAUAUGCCAGAGUAUGUGGCCGAGCCUGAAAAGUUUCUGCCAGAGAGGUGGAUGAAGCAGAGUACUCUCUAUGAAUCCUUUCGUAUACAUCCAUUUGCCUCCCUGCCCUUUGGUCACGGACCUCGUAUGUGCUUGGGCAGGAGAUUCGCAGAUCUGGAGAUGCAGAUAUUAAUAGCCAAGCUGAUAAGAAACUUCAGGCUGUCUUAUCACCACGAGCCCCUUCAGUACAAGGUUACCUUCAUGUACGCACCUCACGGAGACCUAAGACUGAGAAUGGAGCCCCGUACUUCCAGUUGAUAUCUGCUUCUCAAAGAGUUCAUCAAAUGACUAUGAAAACUAUGAAAUUAUGAAAGCCAGAUAAGAAAGAAAAAACCAAUAAAUAAUAUAUUAUUUAUGAAAGAAAAUUGUUGCUGAAAAUUAAUAUUGUAUUGUUUUCCUUUCUUUAUAAAAUAAAUUUGUUCAAAACUGGCUACACAAAGUACAAUAUCAGAUAGAAAUGUUAUGAUAUUCUGUAUACAAAUGAUCACAUCCCAAUAAAUAAAUGUUUGAAUGUAUUUUUGCUUGGUUCUUAAAUAAAAUACGUAAGAUAAAUAAGUAAUGGA